AUGGCAUUUAAUUUUGCAUCAAAGUUCCGUAAAACCCUUAUUAUACCAAAAAUUCAAAAUCCCUCAAUAUACUUACAAUACUAUACAACAACAAAUAAUAUUAAUUAUCCUACGAAGCAAGAAAAAAAGUUGACUUGGAAUGAAUAUUUUGCAUUAAGACGUAAAAGACGAUUAACCGAGCGAUUUGUUACAGUUCCAACAACAAUUGGAGGGUUUGGGUUUAGUUUUGCAUAUGUUGCUUCGAGAGAAUUUGAUCCUACGCCGAUAUUGGGACAAGAUCCUUUUGUAAUUUAUGGAAUCGGAACUUUAGUAUGUGGUAUUACUGGCUUGUUGAUGGGACCUGUCAUUGGAAGUUCAAUUUGGAAAUUAUUUCAUAGAAAGCAAGUUAAAUUAAUGGAACAUUGCGAUCGAGAAUUCUAUAAACACGUUCAAAAGAAUAGAGCGGAUCCAUCCUUACAUUCGCUUCGAAAUCCAGCCCCCGAUUAUUAUGGUGAAAAAGUUAAAUCCGUAGCAGAUUAUCGUAAAUGGUUGAGGAAACAAAGAGAGAUUGAAAGAAAAGGAACAUUUCAUCUCGGUGAAGAGAAUUAG